GGAUUGGCUGGCUAAGUUUUGGCCAUUGAGGACCGUUGGACCUACUAUACCAUCCAAGUACUUAGAUGAGCGACUUGAAGAUGACAAAGAAUACGGUGUCAACCUCUUUAAAUCAGACAAUGAUGCCUGCAUCAAAUGGUUAAACGAAAGGCCAAAAGGGUCUGUUGCUUAUGUAUCAUUUGGCAGCGCAGCGAAACUUGACGAUGAGCAAAUGGAGGAGCUGGCUUGGGGUUUGAGGAGGAGCAAAAGUAACUUCUUGUGGGUGGUUAGAGCAUCAGAAGCAGCUAAGGUGCCAAAAGGGUUCAUCGAGGAGACAUCGGAGAAGGGUUUGGUGGUCUCAUGGUGCUCCCAAAUGGAGGUUUUGGUUCAUGAGGCUGUUGGAUGCUUUGUUACACAUUGUGGUUGGAACUCAACUUUGGAGGCUUUGAGUUUGGGGGUUCCAAUGUUGGCAAUGCCACAAUGGACUGACCAAAGAACCAAUGCCAAGUUCAUUAUGGAUGUGUGGAAAAUAGGGAUCACAGCUCCAUCUGAUGAGAAAGGGAAGGUGAGACAAGAAGUAGUGGAACAUUGCAUAAGUGAAAUAAUGGAGGGAGAGAGAGGGAAAGAAAUGAAAAUCAACGCCCUCAAAUGGAAAAAGUUGGCUAGAAAGGCAGUGGAUGAAGGUGGAAGUUCAGACAAAAACAUUGAUGAGUUCAUUUCAAAGCUGGUUCAGUGAUGAUAGCCAUGUGUUAGAAAAGCCCCCACAAGUAAAAACAGCUUUAGGCACUAUGUGUGGUUCCAAUAAUAUUUUUAUGCCAAAUCUUGUCAACAAGCUGUUGUCAAUUUAUCAAUAUUUCUUUUCAUCCUAGUACUUGUGUUGCAAAAGUGACGAUUUAUCGCCUCAGUGAUGGCAAAAUUUCUGUGUCUUCAAUUAAAGACCGCAUUGUUCAUAUACAUCGAUACAUCAUUGAUGACAUAUCAAUAGUCCCA